GUUCUCAUGAUGGAGUUCUCAUGAGACCUGGUUGUUAAAAACUGUGUAGUACUUCCCCCAUCACUCUCUCUCUCCUGAUGUUAUGUGAAUAUGUACUUGCUUACCCUUCACCCUUCUGCCAUGAUUGUAAGUUUCUGAGACCUUCCCAGUCAUGCCUCCCAUACAGCCUGUGGAACUUUAUGACCCAGAGCUAACAGAAAGCAGUGGCUCUGCAUCACACAUAGACUGCAGAAUGAGCCCCUGGAGUGAAUGGUCACAAUGCGAUCCUUGUCUCAGACAAAUGUUUCGUUCAAGAAGCAUUGAGGUCUUUGGACAAUUUAAUGGGAAAAGAUGCACCGACGCUGUGGGAGACAGACGACAGUGUGUGCCCACAGAGCCCUGUGAGGAUGCUGAGGAUGACUGCGGAAAUGACUUUCAAUGCAGUACAGGCAGAUGCAUAAAGAUGCGACUUCGGUGUAAUGGUGACAAUGACUGCGGAGACUUUUCAGAUGAGGAUGAUUGUGAAAGUGAGCCCCGUCCCCCCUGCAGAGACAGAGUGGUAGAAGAGUCUGAGCUGGCACGAACAGCAGGCUAUGGGAUCAACAUUUUAGGGAUGGAUCCCCUAAGCACACCUUUUGACAAUGAGUUCUACAAUGGACUCUGUAACCGGGAUCGGGAUGGAAACACUCUGACAUACUACCGAAGACCUUGGAACGUGGCUUCUUUGGUCUAUGAACCUCCUGAUGAAAACUCAUCUUUGCGUUGGUUUUCCUUCAGAAUCCGCCUACGAAGAGCCUGCUUGACUAAUACCAAAGGCGAGAAAAAUCUCAGAACUGAACAUUACGAAGAACAAAUUGAAGCAUUUAAAAGUAUCAUCCAAGAGAAGACAUCAAAUUUUAAUGCAGCUAUAUCUCUAAAAUUUACACCCACUGAAACAAAUAAAGCUGAACAAUGUUGUGAGGAAACAGCCUCCUCAAUUUCUUUACAUGGCAAGGGUAGUUUUCGGUUUUCAUAUUCCAAAAAUGAAACUUACCAACUAUUUUUGUCAUAUUCUUCAAAGAAGGAAAAAAUGUUUCUGCAUGUGAAAGGAGAAAUUCAUCUGGGAAGAUUUGUAAUGAGAAAUCGCGAUGUUGUGCUCACAACAACUUUUGUGGAUGAUAUAAAAGCUUUGCCAACUACUUAUGAAAAGGGAGAAUAUUUUGCCUUUUUGGAAACCUAUGGAACCCACUACAGUAGCUCUGGGUCUCUAGGAGGAAUCUAUGAACUAAUAUAUGUUUUGGAUAAAGCUUCCAUGAACCGGAAAGGUGUUGAACUAAAAGACAUAAAGAGAUGCCUUGGGUAUCAUCUGGAUGUAUCUCUGGAUUUCUCUGAAAUCUCUGUUGGAGCUGAAUUUAAUAAAGAUGAUUGUGUAAAGAGGGGAGAGGGUAGAGCUGUAAACAUCACCAGUGAAAACCUCAUAGAUGAUGUUGUUUCACUCAUAAGAGGUGGAACCAGAAAAUAUGCAUUUGAACUGAAAGAAAAGCUUCUCCGAGGAACCGUGAUUGAUGUGACUGACUUUGUCAAAUGGGCCUCUUCCAUAAAUGAUGCUCCUGUUCUCAUUAGUCAAAAACUGUCUCCUAUAUAUAAUCUGGUUCCAGUGAAAAUGAAAAAUGCACACCUAAAGAAACAAAACUUGGAAAGAGCCAUUGAAGACUAUAUCAAUGAAUUUAGUGUAAGAAAAUGCCACACAUGCCAAAAUGGAGGUACAGUGAUUCUAAUGGAUGGAAAGUGUUUGUGUGCCUGCCCAUUCAAAUUUGAGGGAAUUGCCUGUGAAAUCAGUAAACAAAAAAUUUCUGAAGGAUUGCCAGCCCUAGAGUUCCCCAAUGAAAAAUAGAGCUGUUGGCUUCUCUGAGCUCCAGUGGAAGAAGAGAACACUAGUACCUUCAGAUCCUACCCCUGAAGAUAAUCUUAGCUGCCAAGUAAAUAGCAACAUGCUUCAUGAAAAUCCUACCAACCUCUGAAGUCUCUUCUCUCUUAGGUCUAUAAUUUUUUUAAAAAUUUUUCUUCUUUAAACUCCUGUGAUGUUUCCAUUUUUUGUUCCCUAAUGAGAAGUCAACAGUGAAAUACACCAGAACUGCUUUCUCCCACGGAAAAUGCCAAUCUCUUCUAAAAAAAAACAAAAUUAAAUUAAAAACAGAAUGUUGGUUUAAAAAACUUCAAA